UAAAGCUCUCUUUCUCAUUCAUCCAGAGUGUGUGAGGUUUCCAGCGUCUUCACAGCAUUACCUCUUUUUCGUAUGCAGAGUGCAGUGGAGGAGAACGAUGGUUGUUCCAUGAGGAAACACCGAGUGGUUUCCCAGAUGACAAGUUAGGCUACGUUAGUCAUGGCUACAACGACAUUGUCCGUGUGGGUUAGCCCUUGUGUACAUAGACCCUCCUCAUCGCCUUUCUGCGUCUCCUCCGCACGCGCUUUCACGUUCCGAGCCUCGCCGAAUUAUGCUUCUGCAAGCUCUUCAUUGAAUCAAGGUGCACUAUCCAGGAAUCUGAAACUGCAGUCCAGGCAGAAACAUGAGGCAAGAGAGUGCAGUGCUACCUCUCCAGUGGCGACCAUGGCACCCCCAGCGUGGCCGCCUGUGGAGCCAGAUACCUCCGGGGAGAAAGGAGACCCCAGUGCGGGAAUGAAAGCGACGUUGAAGCAGGAUGGAGGAGAGGAAAAAUUAGAGGAGCAGAAGGAGAAUAGCGAAGAAUCUUUUGUGUGGAGGAAUCACUGGUAUCCUGUUUCAACGAUCGAGGAUUUGGACCCCUCUGUGCCCACCCCGUUCCAGCUUUUGGGUCGAGAGCUCGUCGUGUGGAAAGAUAAUCAAGGAGAAUGGCGCGUCUUUGUGGACAAGUGCCCUCAUCGCCUCGCGCCACUCUCUGAGGGGAGGUUGGAUGAAUCUGGAAUGCUGCAAUGCUCUUACCAUGGGUGGUCCUUCAACGGCGAUGGCAGCUGUGGUGCCAUUCCACAGGCAGCCAAGGAGGGACCUGAGGCUAAAGCGAGAUUCUCGCCUCGUGCUUGCGCUGCCUCCUAUCCUACCCGUGUGUCACAGGGGCUAUUGUUCGUCUGGCCCGAUGAAAAAGGUUGGGAGAAAGCAUCUGCAGCCACCCCUCCAAUGUUGCCCCCAGAGUUCAGUGACCCAAGGUUCUCAACUGUGACGAUACAACGAGACUUGUUCUAUGGGUACGACACUUUAAUGGAGAACGUCUCAGAUCCGUCGCACAUCGACUUCGCUCAUCACAAAGUGACUGGCAGAAGGGAACGAGCUAAGCCCUUGCCCUUCAAAGUGCACAAAAGCGGGCCAUGGGGUUUUACUGGUGCCAACAAUGACAGUCCAACGAUCUCUUGUGGCUUUUAUCCACCAUGCUACUAUUACAACAAGAUCGAACUUCUUGUCAAGCUUCCUAUCUUAGGGGACCAGAAAUGGGAGGUUUUGAUAUGUUCCUUUAACGUUCCUAUGUCACCUGGAAAGACAAGGUCAAUUGUAUGCAGCGCUCGGAAUUUCUUUCAAUUUUCGAUGCCCGGCGAUAAAUGGUGGCAGCUCACUCCAAGAUGGUACGAGCAUUGGACAUCAAACUUGGUGUAUGACGGAGAUAUGAUUGUAUUACAAGGACAAGAAAAAGGCUUCUUAUCUUACGACGGCGAUGUGAACGCUGAAUAUAGUAAGCUGACCUUCACACCCACACAGGCAGAUCGAUUUGUCCUUGCAUUUCGUAACUGGCUGAAAAGACAUGGCAAAGGAGGGCCAGAGUGGUUCCCAGAGACUAAAACCGGGCUACCUCCGCCUUCUACUGUUCUCUCGAAGCGCGAGAUGCUUGACCGGUUCGACCAGCACACACUUAUAUGCUCAUCCUGUAAAAAAGCGCAACAGGAUUUCCAGUUGUGGCAGAAGAUGCUGUGGGGAAGUACUGUUGUGUUAGCUGCUGGAGCUGGGGUUCCCCCGGAUCUCACUGUACGAGUGAUCCUGGCUGGGGGAGCCAUUAUCAGUGCUGCACUGGCUUAUACUCUAAAAGAAGCUGAGAAGAAUUUUAUUUUUAAGGAUUAUGUACAUUCAGAAAUUGACUGAUGUGGAGCUACCUCUAGAUGCCACUGCCAACACUGUUUGAGCAGUGAGAGCUCGUACAUAUACUCGUGAGUAUAUACUCGUGUGUAAAGUAUGAAGAUAUAGCUGUCUUUAUGGAUCCUGUAAUUUUGGUUUGACGUGAUGUAGCAGGCUGAGAGCUCUUUCGUUUGCGGUACUUGAUAUACCAAAACUAGGACAAAUUGCAUAGUGAGUUUCGAUUCUGAAAUGUAUUGAAAGUACUAUACAAGUGAAGAAAGAAAAUUUGAUUGAUUCGGUAGCAAGUGGAAGGAUUGUUUUUAAAAGUAUUUUAUCAGUCAUGUUUUCUUAGAUAUCACUUGGAAUAGGUAUCUUGUGAAGUAAAUUGAUUAUUUUGAGACAA